AUGGAGCUGUCAGAUGUUACAAGGUCGAGGGGGCGAGAAGAGGCUCCUCCAGCUCCCCUGUCCUGUCUGUCCCAAAUGAAGAGGAGCAGCUACAGUACUGUCCAGCAGCAGGGCUACUCUACAUCCAUCUUUCUCAAACGCAAAGACAAGCUGGAACAGACUCAGCAGAAGUGCAUUGCCAUCUUUGCCCUGUUGUGCUGCUUUGCUGUGCUGGCGGCGCUGCUCUUCUCAUCAGUAGACAUUUGGGGUGACGAUGAGGAUGGUAUCACAGAGGAGAACUGCAGCAUUGACUGCCGCAUUGUACUUAUGGAGAAUAUUCCAGACGACCUCCCUUUCCUCAGGGAUGGCAGACGCCACCUCCCUCUCUCUGUUGGCCUCCACACCCUGCUGGAUCAGGCAAAGCACUCUGUGGAGGUGGUGUCACCUGUCUGGGAUUUAAACUCCUGGGACCUGGAAACUAUGGCAAGCACUGCCAAACAGGGUCAGCUUCUGUUCCAGCGUCUGCUCACCCUGAAAUCUCGUGGGGUUAAACUGAAGAUUGCCAGCAGUGUGACUAACUCUGCUGAACUGAAGACCUUGGCAGCACACAAUGCACAGGUUCAUUUUGUUAACAUGACAGCUUUUACCAGAGGAGGACUGCAUUCUUCAUUCUGGAUAGUGGAUCGGAAGCACAUUUACAUCGGGAGCGCUGCUAUGGACUGGAGGUCACUCUCCAAGAGGAAAGAACUGGGGGUGAUAGUGUAUAACUGCAGCUGUCUGGCUCUGGACCUCCACCGAGUCUUUUCCUUCUACAAGCAGCUCCAAGAGAGGGACUACAUCCCCUCCAUCUGGUCAAAGAGAGUUACAGCCCUGUAUGGAAAAAACAACGCCCUGGAGCUGCAACUCAACACUACCCAAGCCACUGCCUACCUGUCUACUUCUCCUGAUCUCUUCUGCACUAAAGAUCGCACCAGAGAUGUAGAUGCCAUCUAUCAAGUCAUCCAGAGUGCAAAGACAUUCAUCUUCAUAUCUGUGACGAACUACCUCCCUCUGGUGAGCAGGGGUUUCAGAGGAACCUCGGUCACAAGGUACUGGUCACCUAUUGAUGAGGCGAUCAGAGAGGCUGUGGUCCUGAGAGGGGUCAAAGUUCGCCUGUUAAUAAGCUUCUGGAAGAAGACUCACCCACUCACCUUUAACUUUGUGACCUCCCUCAAAUCGCUGUGCAUGCAUCUGCACAACUGUUCACUGGAGGUGAAGUUUUUCAGUCACAAUAAGGAGCAAAAGGAUGACAUUCAACGUGGACUCAACCACAACAAGUACAUGGUGACGGACAAUGCGGUUUAUAUUGGGAACCAUGACUGGGUGGGGAGUGACUUCGCCAUUAAUGCGGGAGUUGGACUGGUGGUCAAGAUGAAAAACAGUCUUACAGAUAGUGGAGUGUCGAUCCUGCAACAAGUCAAAGCUGCUUUUGAAAGAGACUGGAGGUCGCGUUACGCUAAGAACCUACAAGUAACCAAAGAUCACGACAGCAAAUACAGACACCUGCAGGCGAAACUUCAUAUGGAGACGAAGGAGGAAAACAACCCUUUAUCUUUAUAA